CGCUCACGAUAAUUCACCGCCACCCAUAACACCAUAAUCCAUAACAAUCAUGGCCGAAGCAGCAGCGCAGCCAGCAGCGUCGACCUCAACCGCGCCGGCGGGACAGAAGGAGAAGGAGCCGGUUGUGAUCCUCGUGAUCGGCAUGGCUGGAUCAGGCAAAACCACCCUCAUGCAGCGCCUCAACUCGUACCUCCACAGCAAAGAUCAGCCGCCCUACAUUCUCAACCUCGACCCGGCCGUCAGCCACAUGCCCUACGCGGCCAACAUUGAUAUCCGGGACACGGUAGACUACAAGGAGGUGAUGAAGCAGUACAACCUCGGGCCGAACGGUGGGAUCAUGACGGCGCUCAAUCUCUUCACGACGAAGUUCGACCAGGUGCUGGGCUUCGUCGAGAAGCGUGCGGAGACUGUCGACUACGUCCUCGUCGACACGCCCGGCCAGAUCGAGAUCUUCACGUGGUCCGCGUCCGGCGCGAUCAUCACAGAUGCCAUCGCCUCGAGCUUGCCGACAUGCGUGGCGUAUGUAAUUGACACGCCGCGCACCACCGCCCCCGCGACGUUCAUGAGCAACAUGCUGUACGCAUGCUCGAUCCUGUAUAAAACCCGUUUGCCGUUCAUCCUCGUGUUCAACAAAAUCGAUGUUGAGCCGCACGACUUCGCCAUCGACUGGAUGAAGGACUUUGAGGCGUUCCAAACGGCGCUCGAGGAGCGGGGGCGCGACGAGAACGGCGAGAACUACAUGAACUCGUUGAUGGGGAGCAUGUGUCUCGUGCUCGAGGAGUUCUACAACAACCUGCGCGCGGUCGGCGUGAGCGCCAUGACGGGCGCGGGGAUCAAGGACUUCUUCACCGCCGUCGAGGAGUGCCGGCAAGAGUAUCUCACGGACUACCGGCCCGAGCUGGAGCGGCUGAAGGCGGACAAGGAGGAGAAGGCCGAGGCGGCCAAGGCGGCGCAUCUCGAGCGCAUGAUGCGCGACAUGGGCAUGGACGCCGCGGCGGCGCGCAAGGCCAACCCGUUCGGGCCGCACCCGCGGAACGACCGCGAAGACGCGUACCUCGACCACCACGGGGACUCAGACGACGACGCAAUUGAGGCGCAGCGCGAGAUGGAGGAGGAGGCGGACGCCGCGCCAGAGCUCGGAAAGGCCGACGUGCCCCCGCUCGAGUUUGGGGGGCGGGACGCCGACGUGCCCUUCCCCGCGCCGCGCUAGUGUUGCUGCGCGUGUAUGCCAUACGCAAUCUGCAAUGUAUCAUUAUCAGGCA